AUGUUAUUUAACGGACUACUGGUAGCCUUUAAUCGAGCAGUUGGAACAUAUGUUCCCCAAAUCUCUGAAAAGGCGGUGACUGAUAACGAUGAAACUGAUAGUCUUAUGGACGAAAAAAGAUCUAUAUAUUGCGCAUCAACUUAUGAAAAACGUAAAAUUCCAAGAAUUAUAAGGAGUAGUAGCGGCUUUUUAAAAUCACCGAUGAAACGUAGUUGGAAUUCUUCUGUCCCAAAUGUUUCUUCUACACCUAUUGUUACACCUUUAGCUCCAACUCCUGCUCCUCCAUUAUGGAAAGAACAAGUUGACCCAAAUAUUAAAGCUGAAUUGACACAAGCCGAAAUUCAUCGACAAGAAAUAAUGUUUGAAAUUAUUCGUACGGAAAAGGCUUUUGUCGAAGAUAUGAAAUAUUUAACUGAUCAACUUCGCUGCACGCAAGCAAUAAUGUACCCCGUCGUACCAUCAAUAUCACAUAUCCUCCGUGACUUAUCCAAACAAUUCCAAAUUUACGAACCAUAUCUUGUUCAUUAUAAGAUGGCAAUAUCUGAAAUAGCAAAUGCUCGCAAAAAGAACAAUAAAUUAGGUCAACUGGUAAAGUCUUUGGAAUCAAAUCUAUUACCAGGAAGAUACCUAACUUUGGAAAGCUUGCUCACAAAACCAUUCCAAAGAUUAUGCAAAUAUCCUCUUUUAGUUAUGACUUUAUUAAGGGCUACCGCUCCAGAUCAUAAAGAUCACCCGUCGCUUGUCGACUUGCAUGAUCAAAUGGACUGUGCUCUUAAGGAACUUCAAGAACGUAAAUCAAGAUAUGAACAUUUAAAGGAAAAUGAUGAAUUUUCGGGUAGAGUUGCGACACUAAGUCCUUUCAGCAAACUAUAUUCAACUUAUCGUUACAAGCGCUCAGUCACAAUGCCAUUCACAAGAUAA